UUGCCAUCACAUUGAUAACAUUGUCAGCCGAUUGUCAGUAAAAAAUCGUACAAAACAUUACUGUUAUGUAUAUGUAAUAUAUCUCUGUUUGAAUUUAUUUUAAGAAUAUUCUAUUGCUGUUUAUCUAGCUGGGUGGGAGAGAUGUUAUUGACUAAGUUAGCCGUUUCAAGAUCGUGGUCAAAGGUGAACCAAGUUAGCGCGUUACCUCUACGUGGUUACUGCAACCCUUGUGCCCCGGAGUGGUCCCCUAGCCCCCCUUGUCCCCCCUGCCCCCCGAGUCCCCCAUAUACUCCUCAACGCUCCCAACCUCAGCAACCGCUCCACUACUGCUGUCCAAGAACUAAAUACGAUGUCAACUUUAUAUACAUCAACGAUAUGCCACCGAACACAACGGUAAGGGAUUUCUUCGAUCGUGCUUCGCAGACCUGCUUUUGGACGGAGAUCUUCAGAGGAUUUGCGGUCACACUCGCUCACAUAUUUAAAGAGCCGGCGACUAUAAACUACCCUUUCGAGAAAGGCCCUCUCUCGCCUCGGUUCAGAGGCGAGCAUGCUCUACGGAGAUAUCCAUCGGGCGAGGAGCGAUGCAUCGCUUGUAAGCUUUGUGAGGCCAUUUGUCCAGCGCUGGCCAUAACCAUUGACGCGGAGGAACGGAACGACGGAUCCCGACGCGCCACCAGGUAUGACAUAGACUUGACCAAGUGCAUUUUCUGCGGCUACUGCCAGGAGGCUUGUCCCGUCGACGCUAUAGUCGAAGGACCCAACUUCGAAUACUCGACGGAAACACGAGAAGAACUAUUCUACAACAAAGAAAAACUACUAACCAACGGCGAUCGCUGGGAGGCCGAGAUAGCGAGCAAUAUAAAGGAUAAUCACUUGUAUCGUUAAGGUUCAAGACGAAACUGAUCCCGGACAAUAAAACUGGCUAUUGGGUUCCCAGCGAUCUCUACAUUCAGCUGUUAAACCGGAAAAAAAGUUGUGUAAAGGAUAUUCCGCUUUGAAAUACUGCGCUUAUUAGUUUUGCAUUGACUUCAUGUUUUUUAUUUCAGUCUUUUAUUUUAAUCCAAUUAUUUUAAUGUAAUGGUUUCAUAAACAUAUUUGUGUGGUAUGUGA